GUCUAGGUAGACUCCUAUUAUCACUGCAAAACGAGAGCUCAUUCAUUCAGAAUUCUCCUCACACAGCUGGACCAGUGGAUUUAUGAAGGGGCCAGUGGUUGUGGUUCUGAUGCUGUUAUUAAAUGGACAGUCAGUCACAGCAAGAGUUUUCAAACAGACAGAGCCAAGAAAUUAUGACUAUACCAAGUACCACCCUCUGCCUGAAAUCAUGGCUUGGAUGAAGAAGACUGAAACUGAGAACCCUGAGAUAGUAUCCACUAUUACCUAUGGGAAGUCCUAUGAGAACAGAGACAUCACAUUGCUCAAGAUUGGCUUGAAUUCCACUGAAAACAAAAAGGCCAUCUGGAUGGACUGUGGUAUCCACGCCAGAGAAUGGAUCUCCACAGCUUUCUGCCAGUACUUUGUGAAAGAGAUACUCCGCACUUACAAAACCGACGCCAAAGUGGAGGAGAUGCUCAAGAACCUGGAUUUCUACGUCACCCCUGUGCUGAAUGUGGAUGGCUACACAUACACUUGGAAAGACAACACGACUCGGCUGUGGAGGAAAAACAGAUCAGAAGGUCCCGGCAGUUGUAUUGGCACAGACCUCAACCGUAACUUUGAUUUCCUUUGGGGGACCAUUGGUGUAUCCUCGGACUGCAGAGACGAAAUCUACCCUGGUCCCAAGGCCAAUUCAGAGAACGAGACCAGGGCUGUGGUGGAGUUUGUUGGGGCAAGGAGUAAAAAUAUCAUCUGCUUCCUCACGUACCACUCCUUUAGCCAGUUGAUCCUCUUCCCAUAUGGUCAUCCCAAAGUCAAGGUCCCUAACUACGAUGAGCUGACAGAGGUGGUGAACUCUGCAGCCAAAGCCAUAAAGGCAGUCCACGGAAUGAACUACGUAGUGGGCUCCGUAACAGACACAAUAUACUCAUCGGGAGGUUUGGCCAUGGACUGGGCUUAUUUCAUCGGUAUCCCCUAUGUCUUCACCUUCGAGCUCAGGGAUGAGGGUCAGUUCGGCUUUGAACUCCCAGAGGACCAGAUUCAGCCCACCUGUGAGGAGGCCUAUGAGGGAGCUCGCUCCAUCAUCACCUACGUCCACGACAAGACCUUCCACAGUUCUGCUGUUAGCGUAGUGGCAACUCUGUGGACAGCACUGCUGGCCUCAUGGUUCACGACUAGUACCACCCUGCUUUAAAAGAGGGGAACUUAAACGGAUAUUCCACCAUUUUUGGAAUUAAGCUCAUUUUCCACCUCCCCCAGGGAGCAAAACAAUUUAUAUUUACCUUUUGUUGUAGUUGUAUCGCCAGACUGACAGAACAGCUGGAUGAACGGGAAAAAGGUACAUAUCAAUUGUUUUCCCGUUCAUCCAGCUGUUCUGUGAUACUGGCGAGGUAAAUAUCAAUUGUUUUGCUCGAGGGGAGGUGGAAAAUGAGCUUAAUUCCAAAAAUGGUGGAAUAUCCCUUUAAGUGAACACAGUUUUUGCCCAUUGUUUACACACUAAAAAUGAAUGUUUAGACUAAAGCCUCAAAACCAAAACUUCUUGUAUCCAUACCUUAAACACAGUGUAACCAUUUACUUGAAACACAUUUUCUUCUUUGCACUGUUUGUAAACAUGUGUAAGCAAAAACUGUAAAUAUGUGUGAAAAAGUGUGUGAGAAGAGCAGAAGAAGGUCAAUUUACAGUAUAUGUGUAUAUUGGGUAUUUAAUUAUGUUUAGAAAUGUAACUACUUCUGGGAAUUUAUUAUGUUGUCACAUUUUGCUCUGUAGUAUGGAAAAAAAUGUUUUACUAUCCAUACAAAGUAAAUAUCCAAAAACAGCCACCCUGAGCGCAGUAUGGGUUUGGAAAUCAUGGCUAUUGCAUGAUGUAUUGUUCAACGAUUCAACAUUGAAACAGUCCAGAUACUGAAUGCUGAAUGCAGAUGCACAUACACAUUUUCCAAAACAUCACAAAUGUAAACUUUGGUCCAAUUGAGAUUUAUUGGUAACAUUUAAGACAAUACACUGCUCCUACAUUGA